UUGGUGAAGAAACUAAUGUCCUGGACCGAGGCCAACACCUACUGCAUGACAAACUACACCAGCCUGGCCAGAGUGCGCGACAAGCUUGAAAAUGAGAAGCUGCAGGAGAUUAAGUUAGGAAAUCAGGUCUGGAUCGGUCUGGAUGGAAACUCAUGGAAGUGGUCGGAUGGCAGCGAAUCCUCCUUCAGAUUCUGGGAGCCUGAUGAGCCCAACCUCAACGAGGUUUCAGAUUGUGUCUUAUUUCACAUUGCAGAUACUCCUGGAAUGCGUAACUUGGAUUGCUCCAGGAUUCAUCCGUUUUUAUGCUAUGAGGCAGUGAAGCUGCAGGUGAUAAAAAUGAAGCUGACGUCCUCUGUAGAUCUGAGCGACCCUGCCGUGAUGGAGGCCUACUUACAAUCAGUGGAGAAGACACUGAGAGAUUACGGGUGGACUAAAGACUUGGAACUGAGCUGGAGGAAGCUUCCUGUCAAAGACAACAAUGCAUUAACAGUUUCAAACAUAAACGACGAACCAAAAUGGCUGUCUGUGCUCUCGUCUUGCCUCACCGUCGAGUUUCACUUCAUAAAAGAGAAAAAAAACUGGAGCAAUGCCCAGGGACACUGCAGGGAGAAGUUCACUGACCUGGUUACAGUGAAGAACAAGGAGGACGUAGAGAGGGUCAACAAAGUUAUUGUUGAUGCCAAAGCGUCAAGCUUCGCCUGGAUCGGCCUGAAGAGAGAGGAAGAGGAGGAGAAGACAACCCCUGAUGAAGAUCUUCAGGUGCAUGAGGACCGCGCUGACAUGAGAAGCCGGACCGACCAACGCCGGGACUCCUGGAGGUGGUCCGACGGCACUGACUCCACGUUCAGAAACUGGGGUCCCCACUAUGACGAUGACGAUCCCACACGGAACUGCGUCCGACAGACCACCGAACAUGGAAAAUGGUACAACAUCCUCUGCUCCAGAAAGCUUCACUUCAUCUGCUACACAGUUGGCAAGAGGAGGCGCGUGCUGAGACUGACGCUGAGCUCGCCGGCCUCCUCCAGUGACCUGAACGAUCCUCAGGUGAUGGAGGCCAUGCUGAAGCAGGUGGAUGAGCGGCUGAAGGAGCACGGGCUCAGUCAUGACGUCAACGUCACCUGGAGGAUUCAGCCGGAUGGAAACGUCUUUGCACCGCUGAGGCAGGACAGGGCUCUAACAUAAAUAAACCACGCUGAGCCUGAAC